UUGACUUUCUCCGGCGGAAAGAGGUCGUGCAUAGGCUUCAAAUUCGCUGAAAUGGAGAUCAAGGUGGUGCUAGCAGUGUUGAUAUCCGCGUUCACCUUCGAGUCGACCGGCAAGCCAAUCUUAUGGACCACCGCUGACAACAUGUUCCCCACAGUCGGGAAGGACGGCAUCAGACCAGAGCUUCCUCUGAGAGUAGGACUUUACAAGCCGGCCUGA